AACGAUGAGUUUGACGACGAUGAAGAUGAGGAUGGAGAUGAGGAUGAGGAUGACGAAGAGGACGAUCAAGCCAUUGCCAGCGGCUCCAAAAAGAUCCAGAUGGACUUUGGCGACGAGGACGACGAAGAAGACGAGGACGACGAGCUGCCUGUCGAGCGAGAGGCGCGCGAGCUGGAUCGCCAGGCGCAAGAAGAUGCCGAGCUUGCCGAGGCUGAGCUGCAAACCAACAUUGAGCAGCGGGAGAAGUUUGUGCUGCCCUCGGGCCAGGAGAUCGAGAAGGAGGGCGAGUCGACAGACGAUCUGGGAGUCAUUCAGACAAGAAUCCAGGAGAUCCUGCGAGUCCUCAACAACUUCAAGGAUUUGCGUGAGCCCGGGAGAUCGAGAUCCGAGUACGUUAGUCAGCUUCUGAAGGAUCUCGCUCAGUACUACGGCUACAACGACUAUCUGAUGCAGAAGCUGUUCGAGCUGUUCCCAGUGUCCGAGGCGAUCGAAUUCUUCGAGGCCAACGAAGUCGCCCGUCCAAUAGUCAUCCGCACAAACACUCUCAAGACCCGCCGCCGCGACCUGGCUCAAGCGCUGAUCAACCGCGGCGUCAACCUCGAGCCCAUCGGCAAAUGGAGCAAGGUCGGCAUCCAGAUCUUUGACUCGGCCGUUCCAAUCGGAGCGACCCCCGAGUAUCUGGCUGGGCACUACAUGCUCCAGUCUGCCAGCUCGUUCUUGCCUGUGAUGGCGCUCGCGCCUCAGGAGAACGAACGUGUGUUGGACAUGGCUGCCGCUCCGGGAGGCAAGACCACAUACAUCGCCGCUCUGCAAAAGAACACAGGAUGCAUCUUUGCCAACGAUGCCAACAAGGCUCGCUGCAAGUCGCUGGUGGCCAACAUCCACCGUCUGGGUGUGCGAAACGCCGUGGUUUGCAACUAUGAUGGCCGAGAGUUCCCCGGUGUGAUCGGCGGGUUUGACCGCAUCCUCCUCGAUGCCCCGUGCUCGGGCACAGGUGUCAUCAGCAAGGAUCAGAGCGUCAAGGUCAACAAGUCCGAGGAGGACUUCCGGAUCAUCACGCACCUUCAAAAGGAACUCAUUCUGGCAGCGAUCGACUCUGUCGAUGCCAACUCCAAGACCGGCGGCUACAUCGUGUACUCUACCUGCUCGGUAACGGUGGAGGAGAACGAGGCGGUCGUCGACUAUGCUCUGCGCAAGCGCCCCGGAGUCAAGCUGGUGGACACGGGCCUGGAAUUCGGCAAGGAGGGCUUCACAAGCUUCCGUGGCAAGUCCUUCCUCCCCACCCUCAACCUGACUCGCCGGUACUACCCCCACACCCAUAACAUGGACGGCUUCUACGUCGCCAAGUUCAAAAAGGUGUCGAACCACAUUCCGAAACCCAAGGACAAACAGAGCACCGCUGAUGGAGACGAGGACCAGGGCGAGAACAGCGACAGCGAUGAUGCCGAGGACGACGACGUUGACGGCGAUGAUGUCGAUGGCGACGAUGACGAGCAGGACGACAACGAGGAGGAGGCCCAAAGCGACAAGACAAAGGCGACCAAAACUGCCAAGACAACCAAGGCCACUAAGGCUGCUGCUGAAUCCAUCACCUUUGACGAUGCGGAGGAUGCAGCCUUUAUGAAGAGUAAGCAGAUGCUUUGUGCUUGGUUCUCGUGUUGCAUCCGUGAGCCUGGUCAGCUUCGGAUAUCGGCUGGUGGUGUCGAGCGAUGCAUCUGGUUACGCCAGCACUCACACGACCGCACACCCACCAUGCUCACUAUGACAGGCGCCGAAGAGAAGCGGCUAAAGAAGAAGGGCAUCAACGUCAAGGCCCUCAACAAGAAGCCGAUCAAGCCCUUCCUCAGCGGCGCAGAAAAGUCUGAUGCCGAUGCUGGAUCCAGCGUGUCUGCGUCACUCAAGGCCAUCGGCAAGACCCCAGCGGACGGCAAAAAGACAGCCGGCAUCAAAAGAAAGAAGUAA